AUGGUGGGUCCGAGGAAUACCGCCUACGCCGAGGAGAGCGCGGAGGUUGAAGUCCUGUAUGCCAACCUGGAGAAGCUCAACCGACUCACGAAGAAGAUCCAAGGUUCCAUGGUACGCUUGGAGACAGGAGGAAAAGUCGUCAAAGAAGCCAUUGGUCCCAUCUACAGCAAUACUCAAUCCCUGCAAGUCACCAACAGCAACAUCGAUAAAGUCAACGACGCCAUCGACCGCCUGCGCCAACCUCUCGAUGCGAAGAACCGAGAAGAUGGCAUCAUUCGCGCAGGACCGCAGAGCUCAGGCCUCGCGCAGUAUUUGUCGGCGAUGAAACGUGUUGAGAAGGCGCUGGUCGACCUCAACACCACCAACCUGCGAUCAAAUCAGAACGCGAUCGCUGAUUUUAACUCCCUCCUAAACACCGGCAGCACAAAACUUCAAGAUUUGCUAAGGGCAGAAUUGAACCAGCACGCCGCUCCGAUCGAACCCCUACACUAUCUGACCAAAGACCUCCCCUUCCCAUCCAUACCCGAUGAAACAGUCUCCCAUCUAGCGCCCGUGUGCUCGGUGGUCGCCUCCGCAUCUGCUCAUGGCUCUCAGCGCAGCAAGGGGGAGAACCCCGCAAUAAAGGUUUAUGCGGAGGUACGGGGCCCAUACAUCGCAACCAGCUUACAGAAUCUUGCUAUCGCGUCUCUCAAUACUGUCAAACGCCGACCAACCGAUGGUCCCUACAAACAAGGGACCAACGGUAUCGGUAUCUACUCCAACGCGCUGGAGGCCUUCAUAACCACCGAACAUGGCAUUAUCGUACAAAUGUUUCCCGGGGACCAGCAAGGCCUGGCAUUACAGGCCACCUUCCUCCCGGCUAUGGGCGAAUACUCCAAAACACUGCGGGAACUUAAUAAUUACAUCAAGGCCAAUUUGAUGACGGAUUGCUUCCUCGCAUUCGAGAUUAUUGAAAUUGUGACGGCCAUGUCUUACCGAAUUGACUCUAAGGCAGCGGAACUGAAGAGUCUCCUGAUCGAAGCCCUUCGGCCUGUACGCGAGACCGCCAAGUCAUCGCUCUCCGAGUUGCUGGAGGAGACGAAACGCAAAGCUGCUAGCGCUGCACUUCCACCGGACGGUGGAUCGGUGCCUCUUGUAGAGGAAGUGAUGAGCUCAUUAGCCACAUUAACAGGCUACUCGGGUCCUUUGGCCUCUAUCUUGACAUCUUUGGGGGAUGGAAACUGGCGUACCAAGUCCAACACCGCCGGCUCGGCUCCGUUGGAUGUAGGCCCAGACAGCAGCACUCUUCUGUCGCACUUCAUUCUCGAUAUGAUUGAGGCUUUGAUGACCUCCCUCGAAGCUCGCGGUCGCGCUUUCCAUCGGUCCAAGGCAGCCCUUGGAGUAUUUCUGUCAAAUGUCUUUUGCAUUGUCGAUCGGUCGAUCCGACAGAGUCCAGAACUGGCACGAUAUCUGGGCUCCCCAGACAGUAUCGCUAGAAUCGACACCUUCCGCAAGCGUGCUACGUCUACCUAUCUUGAUGCAUGGAAGGAAACAUCCCAGUAUCUCCUUGAUGUGCAAUAUACCUCACGUGGGGCGCAGCGCAAUUCCAGCGGAAAUGUUGAUUCGUCAGCAAUCGUCAAGUCUCUGUCGUCUAAGGAUAAGGAUGCGAUCAAAGACAAGUUCAAAUCCUUCAAUGCGAGCUUUGAUGAGAUGGUGUCUCGCCACAAAACCCUUCACAUGGAGCGCGAGGUGCGCGGUGUCCUGACACGUGAAUUACAGACUGUCCUAGAGCCUUUGUAUGCGCGCUUUUAUGAUCGAUAUGUGGAGAUCGACAAAGGCCGUGGCAAGUACAUCAAGUACGACAAGGCAAGCCUAUCGGUACAGCUGGCGCAGUUGUCUUGA